ACACACACACACACAAAGAAGAGAGCUAAACUGAACUGGCUAUUGCUCAACAGCGUACUUAAUGACACACAAUUGGAGACACGAAGCACAGUUUGCUUGAAUAAACUGACGUUUUAAAAUUGUGUCAUAGGAUAUAAGAAGGGUUAGAACUGACAUUGACAAGUUGGAGUAACGUUAUAGCCACAUUGGCAUGCUGGUGAAUGCAUUCAUCUUCCCUAACAACUCUUAAAAAAGUAACUACUAACAACAAACAACCUCUUAAAUAAAACAUUUAAAAGUUAACACUGAAUUACACCCAUGAGUAUCACAGCUUAAAUUCACAACAAUAUUGUUCAGACAACCCCGUUUUGUUGGCUAACAAUCUCAGUAAUUUAAAAGCCAACACUUCUCUUACAACACACCACAAAUCAGCCCUUAAUGCACAUUCAUUUUUCACAACAUGCAUUUGAUUUUAAAGUGAACUACUUACAAUUUACCCUGAGGAUAGUUUUAAAUGCUAUCUUGUUAUGUUAUGUUAUCUUCAUGGUCUUCAAUGGGUCCAUAUGUCAGCCAACAUUAGCCUAAGGUCACUACUGAUUCACUAAUUUAUGUAGGUUACAUUUGAUAACUUUAAAUUAUUCAAAUGUACAUGUUUUCACAAACCUGCACAGCUUGAGACAAGAUGAUAAAGAUCCCAAACCCCAUAUGCCACUCGCUGAUGCCCUUAGUAGAAAUAUGGAUAAAUGAUUAAAAAGGGGUAAUCCCCGGUCCAAAGAGACACCAACCGCUACUACUAGUAGAAGGCCUACAAUUGAAGAUGCACCUGCCAGCGACAGCAACCCAGGUUGCUCUUCCAAGUCUACCUCGGAGCAGGAUGUUAGCAGCAGUACAGUUGUUGCUAGCCAGGCUACUAGCUUUUUUGUGUGCAAAUCAACUCAGUGUGACAGACAUUGUGAAACGCGACAUAACAACGCACCUCAGUGAAAAGACUUUGAUGCCCUUUGCCACGACGUACUUAUGUGAGAGUGGGUUCUCAGCUCUGAUGAGCAUGAAAACAAAAUACUGGCAGAGAUUUUUUGGAAACGAUUGAAGAUUUUCUCAAAUUCAGCCAGACACUGCAGUUAUGUAUAUCCUCUCAAGCACACCCUUCUCAUUAACCUGUGGUGGGUGUGUGUUUGUGUGUGUGUGUGUGUGUUUUAGGGGGGGCUUACUUGAAUGAGAUUGAGAUUGAAUGACUGAAGGGGUACGGGACUGUAAAAAGUUGUUUGGGACAUGAGACAUGGGACAUCAACAUGCCCCCAUUAAUUUACACUGGCAAAAUAAGUGACUACAAAUGGCGAUGAAAAAUAAAUAAAUAAAUAAAUAAGCUGGUCUAUCGAAAAGCGAGAUGAAAGCCACGUAUGAGGCAUUAGGGCAGACCUGUGAAUUCUAGAAUGGUGUUGUUAUAGUGGAAAACUGUGGGUGGAGACGAGGCAGGACAAAAACGGCAGAAGAAGAAGAACAAAGAAGAAGUAGAGUAGAGAAGGAGAAGAGAGAAUCAAGAGCAAGCUGAGACAUGCAUAGGGUUACGGUCACAGGCAUAAGCAGAGCAAUGAUGCAAUGAAAACUAUGUCGGUGAUGCCAUCUGUUUAGAUUACAGGUAAACAGGCUGGCAUCCAGUAUGUAUUAUAAGCAAAGUAGAAUUUGUGCACAACAGUGUGGUGGGAACCAGGCAACUGUAAACAGAGGGUUUCCGCAGGGCUUCCACUUCUGGCAGAGAUCGUUUCGAUUUCUACUGAACUGUUUUCAAAAUUCUUUUCUGGCCACAAACUUACCACAUCCCUAGCAGGCCGUGGAGACAAGCAGGCCUUUUUUUAGACCCAAUCAGAAGAUCUAACCAAUGAAGGCAACUCUACAUUAUAUAAAUAAACUAAAGCAUGACUAACUGCAUGCACUGCUAUAUAUAUUUAUAUUUAUAACAUCCCCACUCUAGGGAGGCCUGUUGCAGAGAAAAUAGAACUGUGUGAAUAUGGCAGGGUAAUUAGAAGGAGGAGGACAGUACCAAGGAGAAGUCGUUUGAUGGGGAGGGUUUAUGUUUCCAAGUUACACAGCAGUCUGCAGCAAUAUUGUGUGAAGUUCCACAGAUUAGGCCUUCUUCAGCACCAUCACAAGAGCUGAAGCCAGCCUCAUGAUCACCUCAUUCAUGAAGCACGAUGCCGAUGAUGCAAUAGCAAACUACCAGUAUGACAGACAGGUAGUAACCACGGAGAAUGGGAAUGUAAGAGGGUCUGGAGAAAUGGCUUAAUAUCCAGCAGUUCCUAAUAACUGCAUAGCCGACAUCAGAGAUGUGUAGACGCCGUAUCCCAGUGCGAAGACAUGAUGCAGAGGAAGCUGGCGCUGCUGGUUGGCAUCGGUGCCUUGACCAUCCUUCUGAUGCUGAAGUGGGAGCACGUGAUAACCCUGAUGAACGGAGAGACAACCUCAGUACAGCCAUGGCAACGGGCGCCCACGGACACCAUCACCCCCAUCCCAGGCUCCAGGCACCUCAUGGUGUCUGCCUUUAAGGACCACAGACUGGGCGGGGCUAUCAGGGUGAUCAGCAUCAUCUGCAGGCAGGAGCUCCAGCCGCUCUACUGUGUCCUAUGCGCUAACGCCAAGGCUGAUACCACUGCUAAGGCUGAUGCUAAUGCUAAGACUGAUGGGGCUCUGAGUCAGUGCACAUAUUUACAGGCAAAAGUUGACGUGCACACUGAUGACUUCGGCUUUCCUUUUGUGACUUCAGACGUUUUGUGCUUGAGUCCAAUGUCACAGCAAUUCACACGUGUCAGCAUAACAACUAACCCAUACGACAUCCACAAUUUGACAUUUUUAUCAAUCCAAAACCAGGAGGUCAAGGAUUCGUUUAGGUACAACUUUACUGUAUGCAUAUCUAACCUUUUUGGGGAGUACAAUAAUGCCCUCCAAUUUGCACAAACCAUGGAGGUGUACAAGCUUACAGGGGUUCAGAGGGUUGUCAUCUACAACACCAGCUGUGGCCCAGACGUUGAGAAAAUUCUCAAGUACUACAGGAAAGAGGGCAUUCUGGAGGUUGUGCCUUGGCCAAUAGACAAGUUCCUAACGCCCUCUACUGGGUGGAAGUAUGACUUACACCAUGGGGAUAUUCAUUAUUAUGGACAGCUGACCACUCUGAACGAAUGCAUAUACAGAUACAUGUACCAGUCAAAGUACCUCUUGCUGAAUGACAUUGAUGAGAUCAUUAUGCCUUACAAGCAUGCCAACCUGGAAAAGUUAAUGGGUACUCUUCAGCAGCAGCAUCCCAACGCAGGGGUCUUCAGGAUCGAGAACCACAUAUUCCCCAAAACGCAGUUCGAUGACAGCGGCCGAUUUCGUCUGCCUCGGUGGAGGAGUGUGCCUGGUGUGAACAUCCUGGAGCACGUCUACCGAGAGCCAGAAAGGAAGUACGUGUAUAACCCCACCAAGCUGCUAAUCGACCCCCGGAGCGUGGAGCAGACUUCAGUACACUCUACGCUGAAGCAGUUCGGACCGGUCCUCACCGUCCCAUUUGAUGUAUGCCGCAUCAUCCAUGUCAGGGUGCCACUGCAAGGACAACUCUCCAAAGAUCAGCUGUUCGUCGACAAAAAACUCUGGGAAUUUGAGGAGCUUUUGAUUCCGAGCAUCGAUCGAGCACUAAAUCAAUCAGGUCUGUUGUAAAUGACUGAUGCCCCCGGUGGUCAUGGCGCUGUCUGGACAGAAGCAUCACCAUCAUGGCUCUGGUAACACUGUGUAUCAUAUGGAAAUGACUGCUUCUACUGCGGGUGACAGUGGUACAGUGGUAGAGAAGUCGUUUAGUAAUCAGAAGGUUGCUAGUUCGAU